AUCCACCGGCAUCUGCCAACAUGCCUCGUCAACGCAACGCACAACCCUACGUCUGUUUCGCACCAGAGGGUGAACUUCACAAUGAUUGCCAGAGGGAGCCUUUCUCUAACGACGCCACUCAUCAUGCAGACAAGCAGAGCAAGACCUGGAUCGGCUACCGCAACGACCUUGACGCUAGCUACAAUGGCGGCAUGACCUUUCGCCAAGUUCUUGCCCAGGCAAAGGCCAACCUGUUGCAAGCCAUGAAUGCAAAGCCAAAUACCAGCAGAAGAGCUCAGUGGCUCGAAGCAUUUCCAGGAGUCGCAACCAAGGCCAGCAGCCAAGCUCUCCAGCAACUGCAACGUGGUGAACGUGCUCUGAAACAAGCAACCUGUCCGAAUGCUUUGUGUAAAGCACGUGGCGAGAUUCUGCAGAUGGAGUGGAUUGCCCUCAUCGGAUACAUCUUUCAUCUACAAGGUCAAGAGAUGAUCACCAUCUGCCGCAACUACUACUUCGAUCUAUAUCGAUUCCAGAGGGAAGAUGGUAGUUCUGACCCUGGAAGAACGCAAACGUUAAUUAAUAGACACAGACGCUCUGAAUCCAGCCCCCAGGCCGAGGUUGAUGCUGGUCGCAGCGCACGUCGACGCUCCGACAGAUUGCAGGGUACCGACGCCCUGGACGAUGAAGAAGACCCGGUGGUCGGCUCCUCCAUGGAUGGCUUCUCCACUCCUCCUCCUGAUACUACCACUGCCUCUUCUGCUCAAACCUCCNCUGGUAUGUCGAUUGCCGAGUCUAGGCAGAGUCUGGAAGAUGACGCCAACGAUCAAGAGGAAGAAGUAGCACCAGCUCGCGCUAUCAUCAGUCCACUACCAGCCAAAGAUGAAUAUCAGUGGAUGAUAUGCCAGAUCUGUCACACAUAUGGCGUACGCGUGCUCAAACUGCCAGAAAUCGCUACCCAUGUCAACGCUCUGGAGCAGGCGGUCAGAGAAGACAACAGGCUUGCGCUGUGUCAUGCCUUUGCAAAGAUUAUGACAACCCUGGUUACCACUUCGGCACAUGCUGCUGGUGACUUUUUGGAUGAGGAGUAUGAGACGAUGGUUUCGAGCGCCGUCGCUGAGUUUGGUAUGGACCUUUUGAGCAGGGCUGAAGGCACCAUCUUUAUGGAACGUAUGGGGGCAGCCAUGAUAGCAGGCCAAAGAGAACGUCUGGGUAUGGCAUAUGCUGCUCUAAGAGGAGCGAUGCUAGCCUAUGCAGGCCUGGUU